UUAGUAGUCUUGGUGUGUUACUUUUAAUAGAAGUCUAACAGAAAGACAAUUGUUUUCGGCGUGGAACGCGUACGAAUAACAAUUCUUUGUUCUUUUAAGCUAUGCAAGUAGAACUUCAUUAAAAUACAAGAAUAAUAUUCUUGUUGAACUUUUAACUAAAUUAUGGGAAUUUUACAUUUAAAUAAAGUUCAAGUAAAUCCGUACUUUAAAAAAUUCCAUAUACGUAAAACUAUAUGAAGAGAUAAAGCUUGUAAUUUUUUAGGCCCUUACCUUAAUAAAAUCACAAUAUUGAGUACUAGAUCAUAUCUCUAGCUAUAUACCACGAUCGAUGGCGAUGGCGACAUCAGUAGUUUUUCCCCUCCUUUGUUACAUCUUCAUUAUUCUCGUCGCUCAACAAGCCACAGCUCAGAGCCCCGCUUGUGUUGAUGACAAAGGUAACUACACCCUUAACAGUACCUACCAUGACAACCUCAAUUACCUCCUCUCAACUCUUCCAAGCUCCCAAAACGACAACGGCUUUGGCUUUUACAAUCUCUCUUACGGCAACUCACCCAAUCAAGUUUACGCAAUUGGACUAUGCCGCGGAGAUAUCAUGCCCAACGUAUGCCAGAGCUGUCUUAAUGAGUCCACACAUCUUCUCCAAGAGCGCUGCCCCAAUCAGAAGGAGGCAGUCGCAUGGUACGACAAUUGUAUGUUGCGCUACUCUGAUCGCUCCUACUUUGGAGUCAUGGAAACUAAUCCACCACUUAUUCUCUCUAACACCCAAAACGUGUCAUCCGAUUCCGGUACUGUGGAGGCAUAUUUCCAAGCUCUUAGGAGCUUGUAUGAUAAUUUGAAAAGCCGAGCUAUGACUGGUGGUUCUCUUCGAAAAUUUUCUGUAGAUAAUGUAACAGCUCCAGGGUUUAAAACCAUAUAUGGACUUGUGCAGUGCACACCUGACCUGUCCCAGAUGGACUGCAACAAUUGUUUGGAUACAGCAUUUGGGAUCAUUCCGGGAUGUUGUAAUGGGAAAAUAGGGGCACAAGUACACCUCGGCAGCAGUUGUAAAUUUAGAUAUGAGGAUUACCUUUUCUCUAAUUCUACGGCCGCUGAUGCUCCGCCACCAUCCAUACCGACACUACCACCAACAAGAUCUCCUCCUCCGCCACCGAAAAACGCCGGAACGAAGAGUAACACACCAGCGAGAACAAUCAUUAUUGUUACUGUGACUACUGUUGUGUUUCUGGGUCUAAUCAUCUUCGCAAACACAUGCGUGUGUUUAAGACUGAGGAGGGAAAAGAAAAUGGCUCAAAAUCCAAGGAAGCGUGCAAAUUUGGAUUGGGAUAGUCGUUACAAAAUAAUAAAAGGUGUGGUUCGAGGACUCCUUUACCUUCAUGAAGAUGCUCGUUUGAGAAUUAUCCAUCGAGAUCUCAAAGCUAGUAACAUUCUUUUAGAUGAUGAAAUGCAUCCUAAGAUAUCAGAUUUUGGAACCGCGAGACUUUUUGUUGUUGAUCGAACUCAAAAAAGUACCAGUCGAAUAGUUGGAACAUAACAUGGAAACAUUGGAGGAAAAAAAAUAUGCUACAAAUAUAGUAGAUCCAUUGAUGAAAGUUGGGUCAGCAAGUGAAAUAAUGAGGUGUAUUCACAUAGGACUAUUGUGUGUACAGGAAAAUUUAGUUAACAGACCAACCAUGAAUACUAUUGCUCUCAUGUUAAAUAGCAGCUCUGUUUCUCUCCCAUUACCCUCAAAACCGGCUUUCUUUAUGUAUAGCAACAUGGGAUCAGAUAUGUCAUUACCAUCAGAUUUCAAUUCAAGAAUAAAUCAGCCUGAGAGAGCGUCUAUAAAUGAAGCAUCAAUCAGUGAACUUUUCCCUCGCUAGUGUGUUGUUGAAUAUAUAUAACUUAAAGUUACAACAUGCAUGGUCUUUGUUAUCAUUAUUCCUCUAAGUUUGUAUCAUUUUCUCGGUCUAGAACCACAAUUUCUGUCUCAUAUUUAUUGUUCAACCAAUAACAUUUUAACAUGUGAAUUAAACUA